AUGCUUUCGUCAUUGCCACGAGCUUCUUUGCUGACUGUUGGACGCACCCGCUUCGUGCGAAGUCAUGUAAGUCGCUCCGUGACGACUAUCACUCCUGGAGCAUCGACAAACAUCGACCGUCCUCUACCUCUUAAAGGUAUCCGAGUCGUGGAGUGUGGCCACCUCAUCGCUGGGCCUUUCGCUGGAACAAUUCUGAGCUACUUUGGCGCCGACGUGAUCAAAGUAGAACCCCCUACGGGUGAUCAGGUGCGCGACUACCGCGAACUCGACUCAACCAAGACGUCUCUGUGGUGGUAUUCCCUCGGACGCAACAAGCGAUCCGUGGCUAUCGACAUGAAGAAGGAAGAAGGUCGGACGUUGAUCAAAGAGCUAAUUGAACAGAGUGACGUGCUCAUUGAGAACUUCAGACCUGGUCGCAUGGAGAAGUGGGGACUUGGACCUGACAAUUUUGAGAAAACCAAUCCGAAACUCGUGUACACUCGGGUGUCAGGCUUCGGACAGGAUGGACCGUACUCCUCUAGACCGGGUUUUGCGUCGGUGUGUGAAGCCAUGGGUGGGUUCCGUUAUGUGAACGGCUUUCCGGAUCGUCCGCCAGUUCGUCCGAACCUCAGUAUUGGAGAUACCAUAGCUGGUAUCCAUGCUGCACUUGGAAUCGUCAUCGCUCUUCUCGGUCGUGAGAGAGGUGGACUGAGCAGCAAAGGACAAGUGGUGGACGUGGCUAUCUAUGAGUCCAUGUUCAAUCUGAUGGAGGCGGUGGUCCCUGAAUAUGACUAUUCCGGCUCCGUCCGGGAAUGUUCGGGGUCUACAAUCACGGGUAUCGUGCCUUCCAACACGUACGUCACUAAGGACAAGAAGAACGUCGUUCUUGCGGCCAAUAUCGACUCGUUGUUCGUAAGACUCAUGAACGCUAUCGGUCGUGAGGACAUGGCGUCGGACAGCAAGUACCGCACGAACGGUGAUCGUGUCGAGCACCAAGCUGAGAUUGACGCUGCGUUGGCUGCGUGGACUGCUACUCAGGAUAUUGACACGGUAGUGUCAGUGAUGGAGAAAGCUGCUGUGCCUGUGGGUCUCGUGUACUCUGUGGAAGAUAUGGUGAAAGACCCGCAGUACCAGCAACGUGGCAUGUUUGAGGAAGUGACGAUUCCGGAUGGAGAUGGCACGAGGAAGCUCAAGGUGCCUGCGAUUUUGCCGAAGUUGAAGGACACACCGGGUGUCACGCAAUUCGCUGGACGUAAAUUGGGGCAAGACACACGUCAAAUAUUAAAGGAUGUUCUCGGUCGCUCCAAACAGGAGAUCGACCGCCUGCUGGAUGAAAAAGUGGUGUUUGAGUCGUAA